AUGCCACUUUAUACGGGGACCAGCAUGGAAGCGAGGACAGACUCACAACAGCAGUCUGCUGUAGAUGCAUACACAAUGCGGCGGCAUCCAGAACGGAUGGGCAGGAUCCCAAUCUCUAUGCUUCUGACACCCUCACCGGAGUCACCUCCUUGCAGACCGGCGGCCCAUCCACACAGAGCGGAAAGCCACAGCAGCUCCUCCAGCACAUUCGACUCUCGGCGAGGGUCAAGCAUCACGACCUCUUCGUUCGGCAAGUCGCCCACGCUGGACACCAUACUCAAUGGCAGUACGCCACGAAACCCCUACUCCAGCACUCGGCCUUACGGCAGCCCUGAGAUGGACCCAUACCCUCUUCCGCCUGAGACUCUUAAUCUGGGACGGAGGCCGCGCGCACCCAGGCCAUCUUAUAGCGAAGAGCAGAAGUUCUUCAUCAUGUAUACGCGGAUUGUGCGCGACCUAAGCUGGCCGGAGAUCGAGGAUGAGUUUUACAGAUUCUUUGGUUCGAGGUCAAAGGGAGGAUUGACCUCGGUGUACUAUCGGGUACGACGUGACUGGGGAAUGCUCGAGGUUCUGAAGAGCGGCGCGAACUCGUACGCAGCCGACUGUAAAGAAGUGGAGAGGCGUGCGAUGAACUUUUCGGCAGAGUUCCUGGGCCAGAUCGGAUACCUCAUCAGUUGA